AUGGCAGAACUGCGGAAAAAGACCCGAUUGGAAGAGAAUGCUCCCAAGGAGAUUUUCUACUUUGGCUAUGGCCCUAUUGUGAACGACAUGGUGCGCAAACGGCGUGGUAUCGAAGUGACCGAGCUGAAACCGGCGUACGUCCCAGACUACCGGUUGACGUUUUCCUUUGGAGGAACCGCCAACAUUGUCCGAAAGACGGGCUUUGAAGUCCACGGAUUGCUCAUGAAACUCAAGAGUCCCAAAGAUUGGGACAAACUGCGAGGAUUCGAGGCGGGCAAUGCGCCGCGCAUUCGAACGGUGGUGCCCUACGGCGGUGACAGCACGGCAGAAACGGACAGCAAUUCCGAAGACUGUCAUCACAAUGCCGACGACGAUUUCUUUGCGGCGCCCAUUGCUGCUGGCGCUAUGCAAGCUUAUCUCAUUGAAAUGCCAGGCGACGUCGAGGACACACUUUUGGAUGCCCCCAUUGAGCGACUACCACAAGAACGCUAUCUCAAACUAGUGGCCAAUGGCAUGCGAAAAUACGGCGUCGACGAAGACUACAUUACCGAUCAUAUUGAGGCAUGUCCCUUUAUCCCCAAUCGAAAACGAGAAGAUUACUUUACCUUUCCCGUCGCUAAAAAGGUACCCGUCAUUACGCACGCCAAAUACGAGGAAAUUUGUGCGCGGGCGUCGGUAGAAGGAGACCUCUAUUUUACACUGGGCAAGCGAGUCUUUCGAAUGGGAGAACAUGAUCCGGCCAAUCCAUUAGCCAAGUGGUUUGAAACACACGGUCACGGCCAAACGGACUGUACCUACAUGGUCCAUUUGACGGUGGUCGAUCCCAACAUUCCACUCCUCGACGAACCCAAAGACGUGACACCCCUGCACGUGGAAUGGGCCGAAAACCAUUGCGUAGAGGUUGUAGAGCAGUAUGGCAUGUCUGCCACGCGAGUCUACGAAAUUGGUGAACCGGGAACUCAACCACCCAAAGACGAAGAAGGAAACAUCAAGGCAGAGGAAUUGUCGCAAGAUUUGUCCGAGGCCAGCGAAGUGCCAAGAAAAUCUUGUUUGAGUUGGCUGUGUCCCAUGUUGGGAAAGGAUCAUCACUUGGCAGAGCAAUAA